AUGCAUUUCGUCCCUGUCGCAAACAUUUCCGAGUAUCCACUAAGAGGCCCUGAGCUAGACGUGGAGCAUGUUGCUUUCCAUGUUUCAGGUAUAACCUGGGUCCUGGUUUACAGGACAGACAAGUACAAGAGACUGAAGGCGGAAGUGGAAAAGCAGAGUAAGAAAUUGGAGAAGAAGAAGGAGACAAUAACAGAGUCAGCAGGCAGACAACAAAAGAAGAAAAUAGAGAGGCAGGAAGAGAAACUGAAGAACAACAACAGAGACCUGUCGAUGGUUCGAAUGAAAUCCAUGUUUGCAAUUGGCUUUUGUUUUACUGCCCUAAUGGGAAUGUUCAAUUCCAUAUUUGAUGGUAGAGUAGUGGCAAAGCUGCCUUUCACCCCCCUUUCCUACAUCCAAGGGCUGUCUCACAGGAACCUGCUGGGCGAUGACACCACAGACUGCUCCUUCAUCUUCCUCUACAUUCUCUGCACCAUGUCCAUCCGACAGAACAUCCAGAAGAUUCUUGGCCUGGCCCCUUCACGAGCUGCCACCAAGCAGGCCGGUGGAUUCCUUGGCCCUCCACCACCUUCUGGGAAGUUCUCUUGACGUCAAGAAGAAUCCUCUAAUUCCUGUCUUUUUUUUUUUUUGGAUCUUCAAAUCAGACUGGCAACUAUUUUGUAGCAAGAGCCACGGGCAGCCUUAGCACAUGGGCCACUUGCUUGUUUUCAGUUAUUUCUAGACUUUUCCGAUAGGAUUCGAAUGAGAAUGGCACCCAGCAAACAAACAUGACAGCGCUUUCAAAAGUCACAGGUGAAUUUUUUUGAUAAGUGUGCUGAUUAGAUAAGUUCAGGUGAUGUUUACGUAAUGAGAAACUGUGUCUUUCUUGUGUUGUCAACAUGACUGUUUUCUGUGGGACCGACUCUCAAGACGGCUGUGUGCCCGGGAAUUGGCUGUCCUUGAGCACUGAAGAGUCCAAAAGCAAAUUUUAGUUUUCCUUCAGUUAGUUAGUGACUCUUAAUCGGAACUCUUUGUUUUGUGUGUUUUUUAAGCCAAAUAUAUGACCCAUGAUCAAUAAAGAGGCCAAAAUUUUAACGGUUUCAUCUAUAACGAGAGCUGUGUUUUGUUUUGCCAUGUUUCUAGAUAUGUGUUUAAUUUAGUGAUCUGGGCAUAAAGGAAGGGCUAAAAUAAAAGCGUUUAAUGUCAUA